CGGGGCUCCUGGGGUCCUCAUGGCUCCUGCCUCACUCAUGGCUCUUGCCUCACUCAUGGCUCCUGUCCCGCUCAUGGCUCUCACUCCAGCUACACCCGGGGCUGUCUGAGGCGCCCUCGUAGUAAACGGGGGUUGAAGAUUGCUUCCGCCCACCUUUACCUCACUCACAACAUCCAGUCUGAGGCUGGUUUUAGAUGGGUUCCUAUUAUGCCAAACAUAUUUUUUACAUAGUCUCCCUCGCGUUUUCGGUAAAAUUAUCAGGAAACAUCAGCAACCAUCUGGGAAUUUUCACAGCCUGAACACAACAUGGAUCUUUCAGAAUAUCAAGAGCAGUCUCAAACAAGUGAGAAACCAUAUGAGUGCAUAAACUGUGGGAAAACAUUUGCAAAGAAUAGUGAUCUUAAAAGGCAUAUAAUGAUUCAUACGGGUGAACGACCCUAUGUUUGUGAAGUUUGUGGAAUGGGUUUUAUUGAAAAAGUGAAAUUAACUGUUCAUAUGCGACAUCACACAGGUGAAAGACCCUUCGAAUGUGAAGAAUGUGGUAAAACCUUUAUUAAGAAAAGUGAUUUGAAAUAUCAUAGUAAAACUCAUUCAGGAGAAAAGAAUUUUAUUUGUAAUGAAUGUGGUAAAGGAUUCCUGAAAAACAGUGACCUUAAGAGGCAUGCAAGACUACACACAAGUGAUUACCAUGAACAAAUUCAAGCAAGUGAGAAGCCUUUUGAAUGUGUAGCAUGUGGAAAAGCUUUUGCGAAGAAUAGUGAUUUGAAAAGACACGUAAUGAUUCAUUCUGGUGAGCGACCUUUUGUAUGUGAAGUUUGCGGAGCAGGCUUCAUAGAAAGAGUGAAGCUUACUGUCCACAUGAGACAUCAUACAGGAGAAAGACCUUUUGAAUGCACAGAAUGUGAUAAAGCCUUUAUUAAGAAAAGUGAUUUAAAAAAUCAUUACAAAACCCAUUUUGGAGAGAAGAGUUUUAUUUGUAAUGAAUGUGGCAAAGGAUUUCUUAAAAACAGUGAGCUUAAGAGGCACACCAGAAUUCAUACAGGUGAUAAACCAUUUGUAUGUGAGUUUUGUCCUGCAUGUUUUUCAGAAAGUGGGAAGCUAAAGAAACAUACUAUUGUGCACACAGGUGAAAAGUCAUUUGCUUGUGAUGAAUGUGGGAAGAGGUUUGCCCAAAACUCAGAUCUGAAUAGACAUAUGAGAGUUCACACUGGAGAAAGACCAUAUGUUUGUGAAAUAUGUAAUCAUAACUUUAGCCAAAGACAUAUUUAUAAGGACCACAUGAAACAUCAUGUGCCAAUGGUUGCUCCAGAAGAAACUACUGAAGGAGAACAGUUAGACAAUCCUAGUAUAGCAUUGUCUCCUAUAAUAAAUAUGAUUUUCAAUCCAGCUGGUGGUACACAUGCAGAUCAAGACAUACUCAGUUUUGGGCAGAGCUCUGCUUCAGAGGGUCAUGAAGUAUCAGAAGUUACUGAUUCCUCUAACUUCUUGCAAGUAAAUGUAAAUGUCAAAGAUGAAGUGAUCUGCAUUAAUCCUGACAAUAUCGAGUGUAAAACAGACGUUAAUGUUAAAGAUGAAGUGAUGGAUGCUAAUAAUGAUGGUGGCUUGCAUCAAAAUGACUUCAAUGCUUAAAUUAUAUUUAUAAAUUAUUAUGUAUAUAUUUUGUAAUUUGUAUGGAUUAUGUCAUACUUCGAGCAAGAAUACAUUAAUGCCAGUACCGUACAUGUAAACUGAUCAUAAUAAUUAUGAAUGUAGAAAAGUAGGGGUUUCAUGUGUUUGGCUCUGAAUACAUACUGGUGAAUGCAACUCCAAAUUCAUGGUUUCAUCACACUAUUUUCACACAUGUUGUAUGAUAUACCCAAAUGAGGCUGAAAAUAUUAAUCAGUGAUCAAUAAUACUAUAGUAUAUUGAAUUAUGAAUAACUAUAAUCAUUGAAUUAUAUAUAUACUGUAUAUCUAUCAUUCACUUCGGCACUAGGAGACUCGAACCACAUCACACUGUGGGUCGGCGGUUCAAGUCUCCUAGUGCCUCUGCAAAUGAUGUGUUUAUUUCCACGAUAAUGUGGUACACAAUUUAUAUAAUGUGAGUGUGGAUCACCAAUUCCUGUGUGCUUAAGAGGGAGGCGGGGAAAGUAUAAAAUUGUGCAGGGGUUUCAUGCUUCUGAAAUAUUUCCUAUUGAGCCUCUCAAGCUCAGUGGAAGAGCUUCCGUCUCACACCGUUAGGACACAGUGGGGUUGGCGGUUCCAGUCUCCUAAUGCCUAAGUGGAAGAAAUUGUUAUUUCCACAAUAGUGCGGUUGACAAAUAAAUAAAUAUAUAUA